GGCCGGGAGCACAGGAUGCAGUGCCUGGGCGCCGAGAGCCCGGCUUCUGCAGAGAGAACCCCCAGGCAAAGAGAGUGGAGGCCCCAGAUUUAUAGGAAAUGCACAGACACGCCGUGGUUGCUCCUGUUCUUUCUCUUCUGGACAGGUUUGAUGUUCAUCACGGGCUACUCAGUGGCGGCGGGAGCCGCAGAGAGACUGCUCUUCGGCUACGACAGCUUCGGCAACGUGUGCGGCAAGAAGAACUCCCCGGUGGAAGGGGCUCCCCUUUCGGGGCAGGACAUGACCCUAAAAAAACACGUGUUCUUCCUGAGCUCCUGCCACCUGGAGGCGGAGCCUGGGCAGCCCGGUCCCACCGCCCUGUGCGUGUCCCGCUGCCCCGACGAGAAGCUCGACACCCUGGAGGAGGUGCAGCUGUUCGCCAACAGGAGCGGCUCCCUGCUGUGUGUUUACAGUUUGAGUUCCAUCAACUACACCCAGAAUCCAAGUGUGGACUCCCUAUGCCCCAGGCUCCCAGUUCCUCCAAGCAAGCCUUUCCCCUUGCUGAACCGGUGCGCCCCUCAAACGCCCGAGUGCUACUCCCGGUUCGCGUCUGUCCUGCUGAACGACGCUGACCCCCUCCAUCGGACUCUCAGCGGGGUCAUGUCAGGAAGGGACACCGUCUUCGGCCUCUGUGUUCUCGCGUCAGCCUUGUCUCUGGCUGUGCUGUUGGCCUUCCGACUCAUCCCCCGCCUUCUGCUUCGCACUCUGAUUGCGCUGGUUAUUCUGGGAUCGUUGUUCGUGUGUGGCGUCUUAUGGUGGCUGUAUUAUGACUACACCAACGACCUCAGUGUGGCAUUGGACACGGAAAGGGACAACAUGACCUGGUUGCUGGGGUUUGCGGUUGUGUCAACGGUUUUCACGGCGGUCCUGCUCCUGCUGAUCUUUGUCCUGAGGAGGAGAAUGGAACUGGCGGUCGAGCUGCUCCGGGUGGCCAACACGGCCAUCGGCCGCUGUCCGGCGCUGCUGCUGCAGCCUCUGUGGACGGUCGCCGUCCUGCUUUUCUUCUGGGCGCUCUGGGUGGCCGUGCUCCUGAGCCUGGGCACCGCAGGAGCCGCCCGGGUCACGGGAGCCGGCCACGUGGAGUACACGCCUCUCUCCGGCAUUCGGUACCUGUGGGGGUACCACCUCGUGGGCCUCGUCUGGACCAGCGAAUUCAUCCUCGCGUGCCAGCGAAUGACGGUGGCUGGGGCGGUGGUCGCCUGCUAUUUCACCAGAAACGGUAACGACCCUCCCGACCGCCCAGUCCUGUCAUCACUCGCCACCCUCUUCUGCUACCACCCGGGGACAGCCGCCAAAGGCUCACUCCUCAUCCCUGCGGCGAGCAUUCCUGGAGCUGCCGUCCUGUGCAUGUCUCAUGCUCUGAGAGGCCAGUGGUCAAGUGCCUGGUCCAGGUGUGUGUGCAGGUGCUGCUCCAGCUGUCUCCGCUGUCUGGACAGAUGCCUGGGCCCUGUCAGCCAGCACGCGUACACGGCCACAGCCAUUAAUGGGACAGACUUCUGCACAUCAGCCAAGGACGCGUGCAGGCUCUUGGCCAAGAAGUCGCAUCAUUUCACAUCUGUUAACCGCUUUGGAGACUUCAUCAUUUUUCUAGGAAAGGUGCUGGUGGUGUGCUGCACGGUCUUCGCAGGGCUGAUGGCCUUCAACUACCACCGCGAACUCCAGGUGUGGGCGGCGCCCCUGCUCCUGGCCGCCUUCUUCGCCACCUCUGUGGCGCGCAGUGCGUUGUCUGUGUUCGCCACUGUGCUGGACGCACUUUUCCUGUGUUUUGCCGUCGACCUGGAGACAAACGAUGGCUCGUCCGAUAAGCCCUACUUCAUGGACCCGGAACUCCUGAGUUUUGUGAAAAGGAUCGAGAAGCUAAACGGCUCGAGGUCACGGAGAGGCAGGCGCUGCGCGGGGCACGAAGAAGGAACGGAGCUCCGGCCCGUCGGGAGAUAG